AUGCUUUAUCGAGCGGCUUGGUUUCGCCACCACUUGACCACUAAUGAUUGUGUGUGUGUUUGUAGAUUAAACGAACGAUUCGCCCACCUGCAACUGAACGACCUGCGGAAGGAGGCGACACUGGGCGUCGGUGGCCUCGGCCGAGUAGAGCUGGUCACCCUGGCGGACAACAAGUCAGUCAGCUAUGCGCUGAAGGUGAUGAAGAAGGCGCGGAUUGUGGAGACACGCCAGCAGCAGCACAUACUGAAUGAAAAGCAAAUUAUGCUCGAGUCAAACUGUGCCUUCAUUGCCAAGCUCUUCAAGACGUUCAAAGAUAGUAAAUAUCUGUACAUGCUGAUGGAGGCUUGCCUUGGCGGUGAGUUAUGGACUAUUCUCCGUAAUAAGGGCUUCUUCGACGAGCACACGGCGCGCUUUUAUGUCGCCUGUGUAGUUGAAGCAUUCGACUAUCUUCACUCGCGACACGUCAUCUACCGAGAUUUGAAGCCGGAGAACAUGCUCCUUGACCAGACUGGUUACGCCAAGUUGACUGACUUUGGGUUCGCCAAGCGACUAAUCCCUCCUGGUCAAAAGACCUGGACCUCCUGUGGAACGCCCGAGUAUGUGGCGCCCGAGAUCAUCCUGAAUCGCGGCCACGACCACUCCGCCGACUACUGGUCACUGGGCGUGCUCAUGUACGAGCUGCUCACCGGCUCUCCGCCAUUUACCGGCGACGAUCCGAUGCGCACCUACAACAUUAUCCUCAAAGGGAUCAAUGCAAUUGACUUUCCUCGCAAUAUUUCUCGAGAUGCACUAAACCUCAUUAAGAAACUCUGUCGGGACAAUCCCGCAGAGAGACUGGGAUACCAGAAAGGGGGCAUUGAGGACAUCAAGAAGCAUGAAUGGUUCAAGUGUUUCAACUUUGAGAACUUGAAAGCCAAAAAGAUGACCCCACCUUUAAUCCCGACUAUUAAAAACGCAUGCGAUAGCUCAAACUUUGACUCGUAUCCGCCCCCCAAUGAAGGGGAUCCCCCUGACGAUUUUACCGGUUGGGACGAGGAUUUCUAA